AUGUCGACCGCCAUGCCUCCAGUUCCCCCUCGUCCUACACGAAAUCAGAAAGACACAGCAUCAUCCUCGAGCUCUAUCGGGAGCGAGAUGCCCAAGAUCCCCCCUCGCCCGCUACCUCGUCGUCUUGACCGCUCAAGCUCACCCUCGCGGGAAAGCUUUGCGAGAUCACCCCUCAACGAAACUCCCUUCCCUGCAAACCAAACCAAACUCACCUCGAGUAACCUUCGGGGCGCCAGGCGUCCCAGUGCAGAGCUCUCACAGAGCUCUCCGAAUAUUGCACUUCCGUCAAUUGGGCAGGAAGGAAGCGAAUAUGCCGAGAUCUUCCCAGCUCAGGAUGAACCAGGGACAUCUCCUACACAGACAAGGAACGUCGCCGAUGACCUACAGCUUCAUGCGCCGAAGCCCUCCUUAGCUCCUGAAAAUGCCAAACAGAGGCUAUCUACAGUCACCCGUACAGACUCAGGCCAGGCGGCAUCGUUUGGCAUUGGCAAGGCCAACAGCGACGAUAAGGAACCAGCCUCGCAUCCAUUGAAGGCGAAAGCAAGUUUUGCGAGCCAGGCAUCUACCAGCGCCGAACGUCCCCCAUCUAGCCACGAGAGCGAACAUGGCAUCCCAGAAAUCGGCCAGCGUGUGCCUAUGCUUCCUGAUGCUGGGGAUGUUCAAGCUCCUUCGCCAUCUCCCUUCCCCACGCCUUUUACUCCAGGAAUUGGCUUUCACAAUGACGGCUCGAAACCGAGACAUCACGGACGCAGAACUAGCGCUCGGGACCAGGAGGUUCCCCUAGAAGCGUACGGCAGGCAUGGUCAUCAAGUACUCUCCCACGAUCGUUUUGAAAAGGCGUACUACGAGAAACGUCCCGAACUUUUUAAGAAGGAGCUUGGUCAGUACGGAGACGCCAAGCCGGAGUGGGCUUUGAGCAGUGAGGAUUUGAACAAGAUUGUUCGAGAUACGGCCAAUAGAGGUCCUGGGCUUGGAACAUCCCCAGCGAUCAUGGGAACCCCAACUGAGCAAGUCGGCUUCCAAGCGACCGAUGAGUAUACCUCACGUAUCUCCUCGCCCCUCGCUACGAAUACGUCUCAGGUACUCGCGGAAUCGCCAUUGAGGAAGGAAUCAUUCCCAGCAGAACCCCAUAGGGAGGCCGAGCUUGAGAGAGCUCUUUCUAGAAGUAUCCACGCUCCCUCUGACGCAGCUCUUGAAAGCGAAGCUGAAGACGACGAUGUGAUUCAUGUAGACCCAGCUCGUUCUCAUAGCAGGCUCUAUUCUCGUGAAGGCCAUAUUGAUUCCACAGAAAAUCUUGGAACCCCUGGUGGAGACGAGGAUAGAAACCUCGAAGAGUUCGGCUAUUCCGCCCCUAUCUUAGCCUCUGAUGAGGUCGCGAAAGAACCAUUUCUCUACCCACUGCAGCCCGCGGUCUCCCCUCAGGGAGACUUCAGAGGUGGUUAUGACGAGCCUGGAUUUUAUCACAACAGAUCAGGCAGCCAAGGUAGUCUCAGCGGCAGUAGACCUAGUAGCCGCCCAGGUAGUAUUCACGGCACUCUCUCCGGUUUACGCUUGCCUGAUUCGACGAAACUCGAAGAUCUUGAGGAGUAUGAACCAUUGUUCCCCGAGGAUGAGAAGAAUGGGGUCGAUAAGAAACCUCUGACUGCGGCGGAUAGAUUGAAACGGCCUUCAAACCGUAAAUUUCCGAGUCAAGAUAUCUGGGAGGAUGCUCCUGAUAGUUCGCGAUAUACUGCAACUGUGUUGACACCCCAGUUGCCGGAAGAAAUUGCAGCUGAGAAAGAAACUCCUAAGGAGGAAACACCAGAGCAAGCAUUUGCUAGGAAACAAGAAGAGCUUGCAGACGAAGAAGCCAGAGAGCAGGAAAGCGAGAGCUUCUUGCAUCAGGAAAAGAAACCGUGGGGAAAUAGUCCUCACAUCCUGGGGGAAACAAGACCGGGAAUGAAACAGCGCUUCCCUAGUCGAGAUAUCUGGGAGGAUACACCCGACAGUCUCCAAUUCACGACUACAGUAGCUACGCCCCAAAUACCAGAAAACGAUGCCCUAACCGUUCAUGAAGAGCGCCCUACCACCGGUGCCGUUAUAUUUCACCAGGAGAACGCAGCAGCUGGAUUGCCGCUGGGCAACGAGGAGGACCGUGCUACUACUGGCCUUGCUGCUGCUGUAAAACCAGCGAUUCCUGCUCGUCCAGCCAAAUCAAGGCUCUCGCAAUCCCCAGAAAAAUCACAAGCAGAACCGAUAAUCCCCGAACGACCAGGUCAGCGGGCACGACAAAGUCCUCCGACAGAUGGCACUUCUCCUCCAGUACCAACGAAAACCAAGCCUCAGGUUCCUGCCCGUCCGUCUAAGCCAAUUACACGUGGAUCAUCAGAAGACAUCCCCCUAACCCGAGCAAAAUCAAAUUCUUCUGAUCAAGGGGUAGCGGCAGCCGCGAAGCCAAAACCUCCUGUUCCCUCAAGGCCAGUUGGAAGCAAAAUCGCUGCGCUUCAAAGUGGUUUUAUGUCUGAUCUCAACAAACGUCUGAAGCUUGGGCCACAGGCUCCUAAGAAGGAAGAGCCUCCUGCGGAGGAGGUUGAAGUAGUCAAGGAGAAGGCCCCAUUGUCUGAUGCUAGGAAGGGUCGGGCGCGUGGGCCGGCACGCAGAGCUCCCGCUAAAGCUCCCGCCCUUAUUGCUGAACCCUCGGAAAAACCUGCUACGCUAGCGUUUUCUGCACCAUCAACUUUCUGGCAAAUUGACCCUGAAAAGGAUCUCAUAAUUGGUGGCACUCCAGAAAAGGAAGAAGCUAAAUCUACUGCACCUAUAAUAGAAAAGAUAUCGGAAGCUCCAGCCCUUGCGACGAAUACUGCAGGGGAGUUAUUACAGGAUCCUGCUGCUAAAGAGGGGGUUGAGAAACCAUCGCUACCUUCAGCAGUAGAAAAGGUCGAAGAACCUACGACGACCAAACCAAAUGUCGAAGAACCAGCAACGACAGAACUAGAAGUCGAGGAACCAGCAACGACCAAAUCCAAUGUUGAAGCACCAACAACGAUUAAACCAAGUGAUGAUGCCCCAGAAAUAGACAAACCAAGUGAUGAUGCCCCAGCACCGACCAAACCAAAUGGCGAACCUGCAGCUACUUCGGAGGGUGUCUAG